AACCUCAUCAAAACGGAAGUGGAAGGAAGAACCCAAGUUUACUGUGCUGCGAAAAGAGUGGAAAGGAGGAGACCGGAGUUGGGGUGUACGAAAGAACCCACAGGGAUGGAGAAGUACCACGUCCUAGAUCUGAUUGGGGAAGGGUCAUUUGGACGAGUCUAUAAGGGACGACGGAAGCACAGCGGGGAGGUAGUGGCUCUGAAAUUCAUCCCUAAAGUUGGCCGUUCCGAGAAGGAAUUGAAAGGGUUGAAAAGAGAGAUCCAGAUCAUGAGAGACCUGAGACAUCCCAACAUAGUGCGCAUGCUAGACAGCUGUGAGACAGAAAGAGAGGUUGUUGUAGUUACUGAAUAUGCUGAAGGUGAACUGUUUAAAAUCUUGGAGGAUGAUGGGCAUUUUCCUGAAGAGCUGGUGAGGGAUAUUUCUGCCCAGCUGGUCUCAGCCCUCUAUUAUCUGCAUUCUCACCGGAUCCUGCACAGAGAUAUGAAACCUCAGAACAUUUUGCUUAGUAAAGAUGGGACGGUCAAGCUCUGUGAUUUUGGGUUUGCCCGGGAGCUCAGUCUGGACACUCUCAUGGUGCGCUCUAUAAAAGGCACUCCCCUUUAUAUGUCUCCAGAGCUGAUUCUCGAGCGUCCAUACGACCACCGUUCCGAUCUCUGGGCUCUAGGAUGUAUCGUGUAUGAACUCCUAGUUGGGACACCUCCAUUUUACGCACAUAGUAUCUUCCAGUUGGUCAGCAUCAUUACCAAGCAAGCCGUACGAUGGCCACGCGGAGUUUCCCCAGAGUUGACGAAUUUCUUGCAGGGCCUCCUCACAAAGGAUCCUGCUCUUAGGCUCUCGUGGCCAGAACUGCUGAGGCAUCCAUUUAUCAAAGAUCAAGUAGUCGUAGUGGAGGAGAAUACCAACAACAGUCCCUUCACCUCUCCUCUGACUGAAGAACAACAGCAACUAAGGAACAAGCUAUGUGAGAAUGCAGGGCAGAACAGCGUGCACUCUCGCAUUCUGAGCAAGGCUCGGCAGCGGGUGGCCAAGAGAAAGGAGAAACCUGCUCUACCUGCCACUAAUAACACUCAUCUUGAUAUAAAGAGAAAAGAACCAGAGAAUGAGCAACGGGCACCAGCUUCAAGGAGCUUGGGCAACAAGUUUUCUCCACCCACCCCUAGGGAGGAUCGGAUUGCGGAGGACUAUGAAAGAGAAUUCUCCCAGCAGAACAGCGUAAGAAACAGCAUUCAGAAAGUACGCCUAGAAAAUGAGGACAGUGACGAUGAGUGGGCUGUCUUACUGGAGGCGACUGACCCCUCCGUUGCUCAGAUCAGCACCCCCUUCCUCCUCCUACAAGAUAGCAGCUUCAGGCAAAGAGUUAAAAGCCGGUUGCAGGACUGUUGCCCACUGGUUUCUUUGGAAGCUGCUUCCCGUCUUCGCCCAGCUCUGCGUGUCACCUGCAACCUCUUGACGUCUGGCUGUGACCCGGCCCUUCUUUCUGACCUCUGCACACAACUUCAGUUACCACAGUUUCUUCUGAAGGUCAUCAGCCAAUCACUACACACAGAUCUGCACCAGCACCCAUGGGCUGUCUCCUUCCAGACUGAUCUCUUUGCCUUACUGAAUUCAUAUUACCAUUUCAAGAGACACCCAGAGGCCUCAAGCAGUCUUCAGGCAUGUGAGGGACUUUUUCUUAAAGUGUUGGAAUUUCUGCUAUCUAGUCCUCAAGAAGGAGACGAUACAUUACAAGAACUGGGGCUGCAGUGCCUGGUGUCUCUGUGCGAGAGUGCAGACUGCAGUCCUGUCCCAGAUUGUGAGAAACUCUACAACAUGUUGCAGUCAGAGCACAAAGGGGUCCUUGACUUGAUCAUAGAGAGAUCACAGCCCCCCGUCACUAAAAGAUCUCUGACUGCAGGUGUCUCAGGGUCAGAUACCUCUGCAGGGGAGCGCCUGGCAGCUUUCUUCACUGAGGCGCUUGCUUCUCUGUGUGACAUCCCUCUGUACGGAGAGAACCGAAGACACAAGGAGAAUGUCUCUCUGUAUGUCUCAGAAAAAUUGCUUUCCGAUACAGAUUGUCUCCUUGGCAGUUUUGUCACCAGCCUUCAGCAGUCCCACUGCACCCUGAGCCGUUUGAAGAUCCUGUAUUCUUGCUGUCACAUUAACCUUAACCUAUGCAAGUGCCUUGUAAGCGACAGUCAUGCCUUACAGUGUAUCAUUUCUCUUCUGGAAGGAGAGGUUUCUACGUGGGACGCCUCCAUGAUUCAAACAGCGGGGCAAGCUCUCUUUCUGCUGACUCUUCUUGUCCUACGUUUGCAGUCUCUCCCACCACAAAUCUCUCGUGUGACAACCUUACUUCCAUUCCUUCUAACAUGUGAUGUGCCUUCUGUUGUGGUUUCAUCUACAGCCCUAACAUGUGCUCUCCAUGACUGCGCGGUGCCUAUCACACUAUCACAGGACAACCUGAUAUUUGCCGUAAGAAGUGCCCUUGCCGAGACUCCACAAGAUAUUUCUCCGCCUCUUGGCUCCGGAACGUUCGACUGGGUUUUUUACUUCUUACAGCAACAGCUGAACCAGGAUGAAGACUUGUCUGUGGCAGUCUCUGAAGAGGGGGCUUUUCUCUGGCACCGAUUAUCUCUGCUCCUGCGUGUUUCCUGCCAAAGACCACGGCUAGAAGGAGACACGCCACGGGAGAACGAGUGCUCCAAGCCAGACUGGAACCUUCUCUCUGUGAGGGGUAUUGUGAGCUUUCUAGAGCUGUCUCUGCUGACUUCUGUUCGAGACCCCGAUCGAUUUCUGUCCCUUCUGGCCCACCCUGAUAGCAUUGCUGUGGCCGUGGUGAGCCGCUUACUGGCCCCCAGCUUCCUGGCACAUGUCUCUGACGCUUGCAGCAGGUGUGGAUGGGACGUUUCCGACACCAUCUCCGACAUAGUUAUUAUUGUCUGUCAGCUGCUGUGCGUCCCGUUUUCUGUUGAGACUCCUACGGAAGUGCUGAGAGAGAUCCUGCAGUCUCUUAGGGAGCAUCAGACUGUCACAUUGUUAUUGAAGACAUGCUGCCAUCUGCCGCUGUCUCUUGCGGAGUUGCCCAUCUCUCUCAUAUGCCGCCUUGUUCUCAUGGAACCUGACUUUCUGGCUGAAUUCUCCCAGACUGUCAGUUCUUCGGAUGAGCUGGGCAUUUGGCUAGGCAGUGCUGUGCAUUCCGGACAAGACAGUCUAACCUGUGACCUGCUGUCUGUUUUUAGUCACCUGAUCAGAGUGGCUUCCUCUCACUUACCGCUGCUACAGAGGAUUGUGGGAAACUGGGAAGAGCUGCUCUCCUGGCUCCUACAAUCGCCCGAGUCCAGCCUAAGAGCAGCGGCGUGCACACUUGCUGGGAAUCUGGCAAGACUUGGAGAAACUCUGCCCCAGUCCUUUGUGAAGAGACUGUUGGACUGCCUGUCGGACAGAGAUGCCAGAGUUAGACGCUCUGCAGCCUUUGCAGUAGGGAACUCUGCAUUCCAUGGUGCCAAAGAAAACAUAAACAACCCAUGGGUGUCCCUUGCAACUUCUAAAUUCCUGACCCUUCUAAGAGACCCCCAGUCAAAAACCAGAGCUCAUGCCGCAAGUGCUCUUGGGAAUUUGGGGACUGUCUUAGGAGAAGGGGGAAAGACAUCUCCGUUGACGUUGAAGGUUCCACAACUACUGUUGCAGUCAGCGUGUACAGACCAAGAAGAGACAGUCCGUCUGGCUUCUGUGAUUGCGCUGCGCAGCCUGAGUGAAACUCCCUACAUGUGCCAGCACCUAAAGUCUCUGAAUGCCGGUGAGAAACUUUCUUCCUCUCUGAAUAACGAGUCUGAGCAUCAUUCCCCAAGGAGUGGGACAGUACCCUGGGCACAUCACUGCGAGAAACUGCUCCAUCUUCUCAGAGCACCAGAGUGCUCCUGAAUCACUCCGUAAUAGUUUCUCCAUCUACUGAGAGCACCAAAGUACUCCUGGUUUACUUUGCUAUAGAUUCUCUCUCUAUUAGGAGCACCAGAGUGCCCGCUGAUUUACACUGGAAUAGACUCUCCAUCUACUAAGGGCACUAGACUGCUUCUGACUUAACUCUGCAAGGGACUCUCUAUCUACUGAGAGUACCAGAUUGCAAUAGACUCUCCAUCUACUAAGGGCACCAGACUGCUCAUGACUCACUCUGCAUUAGACUUUCUAUCUACUGAGAGGCCCAAAUUACUCCUGAUUUACUUUGGUCCUCUUAGUAGUUAGAGAAUUUAUAGCAAAGUAAAUCAGGAGCACUUUGGUGCUCUCAGCAGAUGGAGAGUCUAUUGCAGAGUAAAGCAGGAGUGGUCUGAUGACUUUAGUAGAUUCGGAGUCUAUUCAAGAAUAAAGCAGCAAGCACUCUGCUAUAGAUUCUCUAACUACUAAGAGCACCAGAGUGCCUGCUGAUUUACUCUCCAAUAGACUCUCCAUCUACUGAGAGCACCAGACUGCUGAUACACUACUCUGCAAUAGAUGGGAUCUGCUGAGAGUACAAGUUUGCUCCUGACUACUCUGCAGUAGACUCCAUCUACUGAAAGCACAAGUGUUCUGUUGAUGCUGCAAUAGAGUCUGACAGAGAGGCACUUUUUUGUUUGUUUGGGAAUAUUUACCGUUUGCUGGUUUGGGUAUGUGAGCACUAGACACCUAGGAGAAUUGAAGUUGUUCCCGGCUCUGUAAAGCCUGAUGUUGGUAAUUGUACCAUUACAGUUUUGUAAAGUCUUCAAAAUUAAAUAUUUAUAUUGGUUCUUAAAAA